UUCUUAGCAAACCCUUCGAACUGACGCUUCCACUUCCUCGUACCAGGCGCAAGCGCGCAUCGGUAAAGAAUGCGGACUUUGUCGCACACUGGAAACAGAACGCUGGUACAAAAGCUUCAAAGAGGAAAACAUGUCGAAAACACACACAAAGCCCCCGUCCUCGUCGGGGGCUACGACCUCCGGUGGACCUUCUUCCUCCUCAUCCUCCUCGCCCGCAGGUGGCACGACGUCUCCCGCCAACGUCCUGCACGUACAGCCUGAGAAGCCUCAACACUACACGUAUCUGAAGGAGUUCAGGACGGAACAGUGUCCUCUGUUUGUGCAGCACAAGUGUACCCAGCACCGGCCCUUUGCAUGCUUCCACUGGCACUUCCUGAACCAGCGGCGCCGCAGGCCCAUCCGCAGGCGGGACGGAACCUUCAACUACAGUCCAGAUGUCUACUGCACCAAAUACGACGAGGGCACAGGCACCUGCUCUGACGGGGAUGAAUGUCCGUACCUGCAUCGUACGGCGGGCGACACAGAGCGGCGGUACCACCUGCGGUACUAUAAGACGGGCUCCUGUAUCCACGAGACGGACGGGAAGGGCCACUGCAGUAAGAACGGCUCCCACUGCGCCUUCGCACACGGAUCACAUGACCUACGAUGUCCCGUCUACGACGUCAGGGAGGUGCAGGUGAUGGAGUCUCAGGGGGGGUCGGGGGCUGCUGAGGGAGGAGGGGGGGAGGGGCAGUCGGGGCUGGCGGCCAGUACCGCCCUCAUUGAGAAGAUCCUGAGUGAGGAACCGCGUUGGCAGGAUAACACCUAUGUGUUGUCCCACUACAAGACAGAUCUGUGUAAAAAGCCUCCUCGUCUGUGUCGCCAAGGUUACGCCUGUCCGUACUACCACAAUAGCAAAGACAGGCGGCGUAGUCCACACAAACACAAAUACAGAGCGCUGCCGUGCCCAGCGGUGAAGCACAGUGAGGAGUGGGGAGAUCCCAGUAAGUGUGAGGUGGCAGAGGGAUGCCAGUACUGCCACACACGCACAGAGCAGCAGUUUCACCCCGAGAUCUAUAAGUCCACAAAGUGUAACGAUAUGCAGCAGUGUGGCAGCUGCCCCCGGGGCCCCUUCUGUGCCUUUGCACACCUUGACAACAAGCCCCCUAUCAGUGAAGAACCCUCGUUUCAGACCCCCAGCUCCCCACCUCUCCCCCCAGGACCCCAAGACCCUCACCCUGCCCAGGAAGGAGGCUCCAGCCCUGGGGGCCGGGUUGGAAGAUCUGGGUCUCUGUCUGGAGGUCCGUUCUCCCCAUCAGGGGGGGUGUGUGUGGCAGAACAGGGCCUGUUAGGGAGGGUGCUGUCGUUGUGUGAGGACGUGUGUGGGGGAGGCGAACCCCUCUCCCCCUGGGCUGGGGAAGGGGGGUAUGGUAGGGCACCGGGGUACGAGAGGGAAGACCAUGCCAAACAGAAGAGUUUUAACAUGGACCAGCGCAACAGAGAAAUGGUGUCUCAUCACAGCAAACAGGACCUGCUGGUGUUCCUCCCAGUGGGUAGUCCUCUGAGUCUGUCCUCCAGUGUUCCCUCCAGCCUGGCAGCCACCCCUCCCAGCCCUGCCCCUCCUGGACCCCUCCACCAGGGCCACCACCACCAUGGAGCCCCAGCACCAGGCCUCUUCCCGGGCAUGAAUGCCAACGCACUGCCCUUCUAUCCCACCAGCGACACCGUUGAGUCUGUAGUGGAGUCAGCUCUGGAUGACCUGGACCUGAAUGAUUUUGGCAUGUCUGCCCUGCAGAGAAGUCUGGACAGCAGCUCGGCUCUUCCCAGAGCCAUGCUGGGAGGAAAUCAGCUCCAGAGUUCUGCUCCUGUCAACAUUCCAGGAACCCUCUGCAGCUCUGCCCCUUUCAGCUCCCCCUCGCCCUCUCCACCAAUCAGAGCCCACCAAUCGCCAUUCUUCUCCCAUCUAUCACAGCCCAGCAAAUCAGAAAGCAGCUUCUUGGGGCCAUCGCAUAGCUCUUUAGGUCUGAAUGGUAUGAGCAGUAGUAUCUGGGAGCACCCAUCAGGCCAGGGUUCUCCCGGUACGCCCCCGGCCCUGCUACCCACCAUGGGCCAGAGCAUGGAGACAGCCCGGGUCCGACAGGAACUAGACGAUGCUAAUAGACUACUGAAACACUGGGACCACACCUGGAGACAUACAGCACAGUCGUGGGCGGUGUUGAAGUCUGAUGCAGAGGAGUCUCGUGGCUCGGCCGGUCGGUCUGCUCUUGAAGCGGAACGGGCCAGGCAGGCUGAGGAGGCGGCAAAGAGACAGACCUCCCUUCUCCAGGAGGCGCUGGAGAGCAUGAGGACAGGAGAGAACCCUCACUUGGGCCUCCACCAGCUCCAGCUACUCCACAGACUGCCUCUAGAGUCUGUCCUCAGUUUGCAGGCCCAGCUCUGUACAUGUCUACACACUGUGGAACAGGUGGUGUAUAGAAAGCAGUGUCAAUGUUGUGUGACGUGUGGAGAGCAGGGAUCGGUCUCGCUGCCCUGUGGACAUGGUCUACUGUGUGACAGCUGCACCAGCUCUACAGAGUGCCCCCUUUGCCCAGAACAGAACCUAGAUCAGUUAUCCUGACCUAACUCCACUAUCUAUAGCCCAUAUAUAGAUAUGGUAUCCUCACUCAAAGACCAGCCCAAAGACCAGCCUCCGGUCCAUAUAGUCACUGAUUCAAGAUCAGAUUUUUGUUUUUACAUGCACUACCCGUCCAUAAGAAAUGAUUCAGGAUCAGCUUUAACCACAGACCUGGCUUUAACCAUUACAAGCUAAACCACAAAUCUGACUCAGUUGUUAAAGGCAUGUAUGAUCCAGACAGCCAUCUCAUGAUGCAGCCUAAGUGGGCCACCAUUUGAAGGAGUACAAGGUUUUAGUUUUUACCGUUAGUUAUUAUUGUUUUUGCUAAGGAGACUUAUAGUCCGAGGAAGAAUAGGGCUGCAUCUCAAUAGUAUAAAAAGGCUUCCUCUCCUUGUCUCCUUCACACUGAUCUGAAACUACAGGAAGGACAUAUGGUGGAAGCCUACAAAGAAAUUGCAGAUUAAGGAAGGAAAGCCAUGUUAAACUAUUUGGACGCAGCAGUCUGUGUUGCUUACAGAUAGUUUCUGUGCGUGACUGACUCAGGUUUGCAGUCUAAUAUUAUUAUUCUUUGUUAACCGGAAAGAUGGGAGCAUGUUAACACAAUCAAGAAAAAUGUACUAUUCAAUUGUGUAGUCUGAAAUUAUGCUGAUUUUUCAUUUUAAUAACAAGGCGCUUCACGUUAACUCAAAUGCCAGCCUUUUCUUUUUAUAAAAAUCUAUGUAUAAUGUUUUUGGGGCAUAAUUUACAUUUGUAAGCAUUUUGAUAUUUCACAGUAUGUCAAACUCAUGUCAAAUAUACAUAGUUCUUGUAUGUCAUACUUGCUACAUGCACUGACUACACCAGGUGUCAGGCUUUGGAAACAGCAGGGGUGUGUGGGUGUGUUGACAACCAGUGAAAAGACACGAUCACUACUAUACAUAGACCUGGCACAAAGUUCACGCCAUGUCCUACUGUAUCUACCAACAGUGAUUCAUUUUUGUGUGUUUUGGUAUAAAAAAAUAAAACAAAUGUAUAUUUUUGGA